AAAUUAAGCAUCAUAUUGAUGUUAUUUGACUUUCAAAUGGGAUCGGAUCUUGUUCCGAAUCCAACAAUUGAACCGGUCCGCAAUUCAACUGGUCGGACCGGAUGAUUGGAUCCAGUUUCUGAAACUGCACACCGAACCUAUAGAGUAAUGGAGGGACUGAAGAGCAGAGCUCUCCACCACCUCUCGCACACCCACAAGGUUCUCGCCCUCCCCUCCUUACACCAUUUCUACGACCACCUCCUCCAAUGCUGCACCAGCCUCACCACCCUCAAACUCAUCCACUCUUCCCUCUCCACUCGUGGCUUCCUCCUCCACACCCCUCAUUUUCUUGCUCGCCUCAUCAUCCUAUACUCCAAACUCGGCGACCUCCAUAGCGCUCGCACCCUUUUCGACCACCGUCAUCACCACCACCAUGGCCACACCCAGGCACCCAAUUCCUUCCUCUGUAACACCAUGCUUCGCGCUUAUGCGAAUGCCGGCCGAUCUUACGAAGCUAUAGACUUGUAUAUUUAUAUGCAGAGAAUGGGGGUUGGAGUUAAUAAUUUUACGUACCCGUUUGUGCUGAAAGUCUGUGCUUCUGAACUGGGUGCUGUUUUUGGAGAAGUGGUCCAUGGGCAGGUUGUGAGAACUGGGUUUGGGUCGGAUCUCUUUGUGGAGGCGGCUUUGGUGGACAUGUAUGCGAAAUGUGGGGAGAUUGGGGACGCCCACGAAGUGUUCGAUCGAAUGUUGAUAAGGGAUGUUGUGUGCUGGACAGCGAUGAUCACGCUGUAUGAGCAGGCUGAGCGGCCCCUGAAGGCCCUAAUGUUGUUUCGGAAGAUGCAGGAGGAAGGGUUUUUAGGAGAUGAGAUUACGGCUAUUUCUGUUGCGUCUGCUGUUGGGCAACUGGGAGAUGGCAGGAUGGCGAUAUCAGUUCAUGGCUAUGCAGUGCUUAAUGGGUUCAUUGGAGAUGUUAGUGUUGGGAAUUCAAUAGUAGGGAUGUAUGCGAAAUGUGGGAAUGUGGAGAGGGCGAGAUUGGUCUUUGACAGGAUGGAAGAAAGAAAUGGCAUUUCGUGGAAUUCUAUGCUUUCGGGGUAUACACAAAAUGGACGACCAACUGAUGCUUUGUCACUUUUUAAUCAAAUGCAAGCUUCUGAAUGUGAUCCUAAUCCAGUGACAGCCUUGAUUAUGGUUUCGGCAUGUUCUUAUCUCGGUUCUAAGCAUCUUGGAAGGAAGCUUCACAAUUUUGUAAUAAGUAGCAAAAUGGAUAUCGAUACUACUCUUAGGAAUGCGAUAAUGGACAUGUAUAUGAAAUGUGGAGAUUUAGACACUGCUGUUGAAAUGUUCAACAAUUGUGAGCUGGGCGAACGAGACGUUAGUUCUUGGAAUGUUUUGAUAUCAGGAUAUGGAGUGCAUGGGCAUGGGAAGGAAGCUCUUGAGCUCUUCUCAAGAAUGCAAGUGGAGGGUGUUGAACCAAAUGAUAUCACUUUCACAUCCAUUCUUUCCGCUUGUAGUCAUGCAGGUCUUAUUGAUGAAGGUAGGAAGUGUUUUGCCGAUAUGACCAAGCUGUCUGUCAGACCUGAGAUGAAACAUUAUGCUUGCAUGGUUGAUAUGCUUGGUCGAGCUGGGUUCUUGAAUGAAGCUUUUAGAUUGAUCAAAAAGAUUCCAUCACGACCAAGUGAUGAGGUAUGGGGUGCAUUACUUUUGGCUUGCAGAAUCCAUGGGAAUACUGAGUUGGGGGAAAUUGCAGCCAAUAAUCUCUUUCAGCUUGAGCCAGAACAUACUGGUUACUAUGUGCUAAUGUCAAAUAUCUAUGCCGCAUCAAACAAAUGGAAGGAAGUUGAGAUGGUGAGACAAAAUAUGAAAAGUAGGGGAUUGAAGAAGCCUGCAGCCUUCAGUGUGAUUGAGUUUGGAACAGAAGUUCAUGGGUUCCACACAGCAGACCAGUCAAGUCCGUACUACAGAGAGGUUUACAGAAAGGUAGAGAGCUUGGCAAUUGAGAUGAAGAUGGUAGGCUAUGUGCCAGACCUGUCUUGUGUUCUCCAUGAUGUGGAACCGGAAGACAAGGAGCACUUACUCAACUAUCACAGUGAGAAGUUGGCUGUGGCAUUUGGGAUAAUGAAAAUGGACCAAGGAAUGCCAAUUCAGGUCACCAAGAACCUAAGGGUUUGUAGUGAUUGUCACUGGGCCUUCAAGUUUAUUUCGUCUAUUUAUGGCCGGAAGAUUAUUGUAAGAGAUGGCAAUCGAUUCCAUCACUUUCAAGGUGGUAGAUGCUCAUGCGGGGACUAUUGGUAAGCCACCCAAUGUCCAAGAUUUUUGGAUCAGAGAUUUACAGGAGAUCUCUCUCUCUCUUUUGGGAGGUUAUCUUUACACCUGAUGCUUCAUGCACCCAUUUUCAAUUACUUCAUCCUCCAGAGAUUCCUGAGUUUACACAUUCAAACUCUUGCUGAAUGACAUAGCAACUCGAAAUGGUAUUCUUAGAGGUGACAUAGGUUGACCUUAAAGGACAAAUUAUCUUCACAUCUGAAAGGAGGGCCACCAUCCAACAACCAUUGAGUAAUGGAGAGGUAAUUCAGAGAAUGCAGCACUAGUUUAAUUUCAGGUGAUUUUGCAGCUGGGCUUAGCAGUCAGACUCCAAUGAUCAGCAUUUUGAAGGACAUCAUGAACAAUAUGAAGGUGAUGGAGGAAGAGAAAAAUGUUGAUUUGGAGGGAGAAUGGAACGGUAUCAAAAGAAGAGACGGGAGGAGGUGUGUAAAAACUUGAUGGCUGGGAAGGAGUACUUCCUCUGGAUGAGGAGGGAGGACUUCUGUUGGCUGAUGAGGAACAUUACUUCUUCAUCUGGUUUAAAGGGGCCAAAAAAAUGAGAUGGCUUAAAGUGAUAGACCUGCACAAGUACUGCAUUGGUGUACACAAAAAGGGGAUGUGCUCUUGCUCUCAUUGCUCUCAUUGCUACCAAACUGCAUGAUUAUUGGCACUGAAAGGUAUAGAUUUUUACAGCAACACCUCAACGAUCCAAUGUUUCAUUGUGAUCACUCUGGCACAUGCAUGGUCUGUGGAUAAAAUAAUUCAUGACAGAGUAAGAAUUCUGGGAAUGGCAAAAAUAAACAAAUAGAAGGUGAAGAGGCAGACAAACCCCAUAAGCCUUCCAUACAAGAAUACCCUGCUAGGCUUCUGAAAGUUGGGCUUUAUUGGCUGGCUUCCAACAGAGACUUCACCUGACUGCUGCUGCCACACAGAUAGGAAGGCUGGAAUGAGCUCCCAGCAGGCUUCUUCAUCACAUUCAUCAAUCACAAUGCUGCUUCUUGUUAUGGGCAAACUGUUGUUGCCUUCAACUCUUAUCAGGAAAAGUUUAGCCUAUAUAUCAGAUAUCAUAUUGAUGCUGACAAUCAUGAUUACAAUAUUGUGUUGGACAAACUCAAUCUGAACUUGUAUGGAAUCAGAGAAUCAGCUCAUUCUGUAUAAAUUGAAAGCAGAAACCAUGAAAUCAAAAGAAGUAACUGGGGUUUUUGAUAUCAUCUUCUUCUGGUGAGCUCAUCAUCACAGGCACACAAGCAUCCUCUAGACAGGAGUCACUGCUGAACAUGGAGCCCUAACCAUGACUGAGAGCAAAA